AUGUCCUGCUUCAGCGAGUACAGAGAUAUCGUGCAAGAGGGCGAGCUCGUCCUGCUGUGGGUCUCGAGGGACAACAUCCGGCCCGUCGUCAUGGACCACAAGGAAACUUUCAACACGCGGUACGGGUCCUUUGCACACGCGGACAUCAUCGGGAAACCGUACGGGUCGCAGAUCGGUGUCAUGACGAAAUCAAGCAAUAAGUUCGGGUUCGUGCACGUCCUACAGCCGACACCGGAACUAUGGACCCACUCGCUGCCCCACAGGACGCAGAUCGUGUACACGCCAGACUCGUCCUAUAUCAUGCAGAGACUCAAUUGCGGGCCCAGAUCGGUCGUGAUCGAGGCUGGGACAGGGUCUGGAUCCUUCUCGCACGCGUUCGCUCGGUCAGUGCAGAAGGUGUACUCGUACGAGUUUCAUGAGGUUCGAUACCAGCAGGCGUUCAAGGAGUUUGAAGACCACGGAUUGUUACGGGAGAACGUCACACUCACACACAGAGACGUCUGCCAGGAUGGGUUCACCAUCAAGGACGGCGACACGACGUCGAUGCCAUUGCAGGAGAGGGAACCCACUGCAGAGAUUGGAGCCACUGCGAUUUUCCUCGAUUUGCCAGCACCUUGGGACGCAAUCCCACACUUGUCCAAAGUCAUCGCACAGGAGGGCAAAGUUGGGUUGUGCUGCUUCUCCCCCUGCAUCGAACAAGUUGACAAGACGCUCGAAGUCAUGGAGAAACACGGCUGGAUCAACGUGCAGAUGGUCGAGAUCCAGGGCAGACGGUACGAAUCACGCAGACAGAUGGUCAGAACUUUGGACGACGCAUUGAACCGUUUGAGGGACAUUAAGAGACGUAAAUUGGAGGGCACAGAGAGACGCCAGCGCGCUUUAGAGGCCGUCGGCCCAGAAGCGGUCGCGGAGGAGAUGGCAAGAGUGCGCGCAGUCACGGAGAAGAGCAAGUUCAACCCCUUUGGGAAGGGUUCCCGCGUCAAAGAGGGUGACGAGCACUACACUUGGAAACAGGUGACAAAAGUCGAGGCAGAGAUCAAAUCGCACACCUCGUACUUGACAUUCGCAUUCAAAGUCAUGGACAGGACCAGAGACAGCGACAAAGUAGAUAAAAUCCUGGCCUCCAUCAACGGGGAGAGUUGA